AUGAUAAUGGCAUAUCUACAAGUUAUUUGUUUGAGUGCUUUUUUCUUUGUGUCUGGAAAUGCACAAGUUUCAAUGGCUAAUAAAAACAGUGCAUUUGAUUUAAAUUUAUAUGAAAAGGUUUUAGAUCCCAAAUUAUGUAGGAAGCAAAUAAGAUACAUGGCAGCUAAUAGUUCUGUUCUGUUAGCACAAUUUUUGGAUGCAGGCCUGAGAGUACCUAAAGGAUUUUUCGAUGGCAAUGCAGAUGAUCUUGGGAAUUAUUAUCAAUGUCUGGCUAUAGAUGCACCCUUUGGAGACUCUCGUAUCUCUGGAAAGUAUUGUGUAGUACAAGUGCCAUUAAGUCAAGAUCUAACCCUACCUGGCUUCUCGGGAAAGGCUGAUGCACUAAAUGUUAAUAAAUUAAAGCUGGGACCAGCCGCUCAACUUGUUUUAGAGAAGUAUUAUACAGGUAUCAAGGGAUACCGAGCAUUAUCCGGCACACAUUUGGAUGACAGAGUUGCACAUGUCACUGGUACUUUGUUUAAAUUGGCGGUAUGUAUUCCUCGGCCAUGUACCACAGAGGUAGCGGUAACUACCUUACUCUUCAACCUCUCUACUAUUGGAUUUGAUUAUCAAGAACUGUUUUGUCGACUACCCAAUGACAAGCCGUGGGUGUCUGCUGAUUCUGCGGCAGUAUUAAUUUUCUUUAUGAUUGGUCUUCUAACACUAAUGAGCAGUGUGUAUGAAUUGACGCAUAUAUUCCUUUUAAAGAAAGAUCCAAAGUCUGUCAACAUUUAUUACCGUUCAUUUUCUAUAUACAGCAACACACAUAGUUUAUUUAAUAUUCCAAAAGAACCUCAUACUUUGAUGUGUCUCAAUGGUAUUAGAACUAUAGCUACCGUGUGGAUUAUCGUCGGCCAUUCUUUCUCUUCAUUGUCAGGUUUACUUAACCCUUUUAGAGCUUGGGAGUGGAUGAUAUCUUUUGAUGGAUUAUGGGUCUCAUCAACACCAAUUACGGUAGACACAUUCAUUACCAUCACAGGCAUACUUUUAGUUUUCACAACAGCUAAGAAAAUGGACGCAGGUUCAUUGCUUCGUAAUCUUCAUAUAUUUUACUUAAAUCGCUUGCUACGUAUGUUUCCGUUGCUCGCUACGGCGAUAUUAUUCGACGCGUCUGUGUUCCAUAGAAUAGGGGAUGGGCCGUAUUGGAUGGCGGUUGCAACAAAUGCACAGAAAUGUAGAGAAUAUUGGUGGACUACUUUGUUGCAUUUGCAAAACUAUCUCAACCCGAAAGACAUAUGUGUACCACAUUCUUGGUACAUCGCGGUAGACGUUCAGCUGCACAUUCUAUCACCUCUCGUGUUAUAUUGGAUACUGAGAGGCAGAAAACAGACGGCGUGGUUUGCGCUACUCUUGUCACUGACUGUCACUUUGAUUGUAUCUGCCAUUUAUAAUGGUUUUAUGGAUCUACCAGCACAUACAAUAUCACCAGCACGUAAUGAUAGGAUUAUGGAAUAUAUGACAAAGUAUUACUUUCAUUUAAUAUCUCGAAUCGCUCCGUUCCUCGUGGGCAUGAUGUAUGGAUAUAUACUUCAUCUAUGGCGGGGGAAGAGAGUUUUGAUCAAUGCAUUUACAGUCCAAGGUAUGUGGGUGGUAUCACUGUGUAUCAUAUCUGGCACACUGUACAUGUUGUAUCGCGUCAAGCAACUGGACUGGAAUUACCGCGCGGCGGACGCGGCACUCAACACACUCAUGCGCCCACUUUGGGCCGCCGCAGUCGGUUGGAUGGUGCUCGCCUGCGCCCAUGGAUAUGGAGGUCCUAUCAAUUGGUUUUUAUCUCUACCGUUAUGGCGGUUACCAGGCAGACUUACAUAUGGAAUGUAUUUAUUUCACUAUCCAAUAAUAGUGGUUGUUAAUGGUACCAUUGUGGGACUCCAGUACUUUUCUGUUGCUAAUGUUAUGUACCAGGCCUUGUCUUUUUUGGUGUUGUCUUUCAUAUUAUCUUUCAUUCUUACGGUAGUUAUAGAAGAACCAUUUACUAUUAUCUUCAAAAGUCUUCUUGAUAAAGGACUUUCUAAAUCAAACAAUGAGGAAAAGAAGCUUGGAGAAAUUGAGGCAUUCGAAAUAGAAUCUAGAAAGGAUGAAGAUUAG